AUGACGCGAUCUCUUACGGUGAAGACGCUGAAGGGGGAGGUCUUCCGGAUAGAUGUCGCCGAAGAAUCUGUGAUGAGCGACGUCAAGACCAAGAUUUCGGAGGUGCGGGGGCACGACCCUGGCACGCAGGUCCUCAUCUGCGGGGGUAAGACCUUGAAAGACGGCGACUCUCUCGCGGGCAGCGUCGCGGCCGGCGGGUUCCUGGUGCUGAUGGUCAAGGCGCUGGCGAUAGACCCCGCCAACGUGGAAAUGCUGACGGCGAUGGGUUUUCCUGAGGAUCAGGCGACGGCGGCUCUACGCGCGGCGUUCAAUGACGUCAGCAGGGCGGCGAGCUAUCUCAUGGAAGGCAUUCCCGAUAACGUGGGGGCGGGAAGUGGCGGUAGUGACGCCCGCGGGGGCGGGGACGCAGCGCUCGCCGCGGCGAUGAUGGCGGGGGCGGAGGAUGAGGACGGGGAUGAGGGGGGUGGCGGAGCGGCAGGCUUAGCACAGGCUCUGAUGGGAAUGGAGGCGGGAGAGGGUAACCCUCUUAACUUCAUGAGAUUUCACCCUCAGUUUGACGAGCUCCGAGGCCUUGUGCGGGAGAACCCCGCGAUGCUGCCUCAGGUGCUCCAGGGUCUGGCGACCCAGAGCCCGGAGCUCAUCGAGAGGAUCAACCAGCAUCCCGAUGACUUCUUGCGACUCAUGAACGAGCCGCCCGACGCAGAGGGGCAGGCCAUAAUGGAGAUGGGCGUGGAAGGCUUGCUGGAGGGGAUGGACCAGGAGGACGACGAGGAAGAGGAAGGGGGAGACGCAGAAGCUGUCGCAGCCGGUGGGGGGGGUGGUUCUCCGGGCGUCGGAGUUGCUGGCGGGGAUGGGGGCCAGGGGCAGAUAGUGACCGUGGAGCUCACUGAAGAGGAAGAUGCCGUUGUUCAGAACCUCAUGGCGAUGGUUCCGGGUGCCGGUCGGGAUCAAGUCAUCGAAGCUUUCAUCGCGUGUGACAAGAAUGCCGAGAUGGCGGCCAACUUGCUCUUCGAGAACGCCCUUUAACCUCCCCCCACCCCACGAGCCUCCUACUCACAUAGGUGAAGGCUUGCGGCUUCGACUCCGAAGUCAUGAUGUUGCUGCUGCGGCCGCAGUAAGGUUGGUCCUCUCUGCCUGUGAAAUCGAACCCCGCUUCGGGAUUACGGACUGAAAACAUGUGGUGGGCCGGGGGGUGUAGGGACCAUUUUGACUUUU